AUGUCGCAGAACAAUCUCAAGUACAUCGUCGACCCCAUUAAUGAUGACAUCGCAUCUUCACAAACUAUUUAUGUGAUGCAACCAAGUCCAAGCACUACAACAACUUCUUUGGACAGUGCAACGUCGUCGGCAAUUCAAUUAGUAAUCAUCGACGCAUGUCAAAAGGCUGUUGAAAAGGUGGAGGAAAAAAAUAAGCUUAUAUUGUUACGCCUAACAGAAAACGUUGAGGGGAUGCGCAAAGAAAUCAUUGAUCUUAAAAAAGCGGUAUCCUAUAAUAACGCUACUAUUAUACCAAGCAAGCCGUAUGCUAAUAUUGAAGACUUCCUCAAUUUUGAGAAAACUAUUCUGGAAGAUAUAGAUAAAUUUUUCUUCCUGCCAUCCGCACCUUCAUUGCGUUCAAUGAUUGACGAAGUGUCAGCGGUAUAUGAUUCAUUGCUAUUGCUGGGCUAUGAAAGACAAAUAACGAACGCUAUAAUUAUACACAUUGUAAUGACAAAGAUUGACCCUGCCACCCGAUCCAAAUGGGAAGAAGCGCUGGAUUAUGACAAGCUGCCACUGUAG